AUGAAGAAUGAGAUCAAGCUGUUAACCCAAAGAAUGGAAAAUUCUAAGAAACAUCAAAAGAUGCAAGACAACCAGAUAGCCCAGAUAGCCCAAUCUAUCUCAAGAGCACAGGGAACAUUUCCAGGGAAGCCAGAUAUAAACUCAGUGGAACAUUGUAACUGCAUUGAGCUGAGGAGCGGACAGACUUUGGGAGACCCCCAAAUCAUUACUCAGAAGGAACCUGACUCAGAGGAAGAGCCCUCUUCCCCAAUACCCAAUCAGACCCAGACCAGGGAUGGAGAGGAGGUUACUAAGAAAGUUGAAGGAACUCUUCAAGUUCCCCCACAGAGUCAGACGAUUCCUUUCCCUCAGAAACUGAUAACCUCCCAUAAGGAUGAAGAGAGGCAGAAGGGCGACUUCGAGACCGUAGAAUUAACAGAGAAUUACAGCGCUCUACUUAUGGCAAAUACUCCACCAAAACUUCAGGAUCCAGGAAGUUUUUUCAUACCGUGCAAAAUUGGCCCUGAACUCAUACAGAGAGCUUUCUGCGACUUGGGGGCCAGCGUUAGCCUACUUCCAUACCCCAUGGGAAUAGUGGAAGAUGUGCCAGUAAAAGUGGGUGGAUGUAUUGUUCCCACAGAUUUCAUUAUCAUGGAUAUGGAGGAAGAUCCCAAGAUACCGAUCAUCCUUGGAAGACCAUUCCUUGCCACAGCUGGAGCCAUCAUUGAUGAUGUGCAGAUCCUCCACGAGCUGGCCGUGAGAGUUUCAUGGGAGCGGAGGUGUCAGAGGAACCGAAAGAGUGAAAGGCGAGUCACCGUGAGCCUAAAGGAGUCGGUCGUGUGA